CUCGAGCUGCUCAAAACGCACGAGCUCUGAAGUCACAGAACCGUAGAAACAGCUGGACUGUUGCUUUACACGUUGCACUGAACCAUCAUGCCAUAAGCACAAUUCAUUGUCCUGUUGCACUACAAUCAAUUUCGAAAUGGGCGCGUCGGACGAGACCAGCGAUGCGCAAACCCAAACGACAAACAGCGAGGACCCUGCUGCUGCGUCAACAGGGGCUGACGAGCUAGCAACCACGUCAUUCAACGCAGCACAGAGCCCGGAGAGUGCUGACGGCGACUCGGGGUCGGAGUGGGGCGAGGGCUUGGACUGGGAGGUGGUCGACCCCAAGGUCGACCCCGCCCCAGCACGGGCAGCUUCGGCUUCCGCCUCUGACCGCCAAACUGCUGGCACCUCCUCCCAACAACAGCUAUUCCUCACAACAGCGCCAGACGCAUCCAGCAGCCCAGACCUGGAGCACGCAGCCAGCGAAGCCAGUGGACCACCUUCAGAAUCCUCGUCAUUAUCGGCGUCAGAUGCGCACGAGGAAUCCGAGAGCGAGGAAGAAGCCAGCCUAAGGCGAGGUCGGCAGCUCGCAGACACGCUCGCAACCGCCGAGGCGGUGACCGCGCCAGCAUAUGACCUAGCCCUGGCGCUGGGGGAGGGAGCACUGGCGGCGGCACUGGAGGGGCGGGCCGAGCCGUUCCCGCAGUUGGAGGAGAGCGAGGAGGAGCGAGACGCGUUUGAGGCGGAGUUUCAAAGAGUUUUGGCGGAGAUGGGCCGGCCGCGGUCCUAGCCCACAAGACCGAGAGUGGUAAGCAUGAGACGAGAGGGGAUGAGAGGGCGGUGCAGUGUGGCGACGUUCGUGCGAGAGCGGGAGUUGGUGACUUGGUAUACGCCUUUCUGUGUACGAGGAAGAUGGCAAGUGGUGUCCUUCCAGAAGGUGUUGGAGCACGCAGAGGAUCGUUCCUAGCGGCCAGAGGGUUGGCGCAUAGCACCGCGCCGUGCCCAGCGGUCGUUGCAUUCCUUUGCAAUUGGAUAGCACGAAUAAGGACCCAGCCUUAAACGAAACAUGUAUGAACAGAAGCUGCAGAAUUCUUUUCUGGUGCUACGCAUGUGGGGAUUAUAUUAGUGGAGAACCAUGUGACCGAGUUCAGGGGCGUGCGGGAACACAACCGCACUGCGUGGGUACGGUCUUUGCAGCGGACGGGGCUGGUCGCGGCGUCGGAUUGCCACAGGUCCAAGCAAUAAGUUUCACGACUGAAAGGAAUGCUGGCCUUCAUGCUGGCCACAAUGAUCGCAGUGUUGGAACAGCGAUGCUAGCGAUGCCGGAAGUGUGGAGUGGUGCUGCUGAUAGAGCUCUGACCGAGCCAGGGGACGAGGUGGUUGCUCACAAAUGUCGUGAGUGUCACUAGUGUGGGCAGGGCCAUCCAGCAGCGAACUGCUUCAUCUCCGGGCGGGAUCAACGUUGCGUUGGGCUUGACCACACAGGGGGCGAUGGUCGGUGGGCUGGGGUGGUCGGGUUCGUGCCUUCACGUGUUCUGGGGGCAAUUGGGUCAGAUUGAC